AUGAAUUCAGACAGAAGGCGUAUCAAUGGACCGUCGGGUGGCACCAGCGCUCCCAUAUACUCCAAAUACAUAACGCAAGACCUCUCCUCCCUACCACCACGGCCAACUCGCUCCAGACCACCAAAUGUUCUCCGAAAGAUGUACGGUCAGCUAAUGCUAUUCUCAGUCCUCAAAACCGGCGUUACCCCCUCAGCAUCCGGCUCCGCCUACCUUGAACUUGAAGCUUCCCCCCACCACCCCAACCUCACCAAAACCGGUCUCGCAUCCCUCUCGACCUCAGGCCUAAAAUUAACCUGCACGGUCCACGGUCCACGGCCGCUCCCUAAAUCUGCGCCCUUCUCCCCGCACAUCAUUCUCUCCACACACGUCAAAUACGCCCCCUUCGCAACCCGCAAGCGGAAAGGCUAUCUCCGGGACGCGAGCGAGCGCGAUCUGGGCGUGCAUCUAGAGACCGCCUUGCGGGGUGUGAUUAUUGGGGAUCGAUGGCCGAAGAGUGGCGUCGAGGUUAUCAUUACGAUCCUGGAGGGUGAGGAGGAUCGGUGGUGGGGCGAUGAGGGAGGGGCCGGGGAAUGGGGUAUGAUGAGCGUGCUUUCCGGGUGCAUUACAGUAGCAUCUGCUGCCAUUGCCGAUGCUGGUAUUGACUGUGUGGACGUUGUAGCUGGGGGACUGGCAGCGCUUGUUCAGAGAAGUGGGAAGCCGGGUCUGGUGCUGGACCCAGUGCCCAGCGAGCACAAGGACAUUGUGGCUGCUUGUAUUGUGGGGUAUUUGCCACAGAGAGACGAGAUUACGGAUCUUUGGGUCAAGGGGGAUAUUGGGGAUGGUGGGGGAUAUGAGGAGUUGGCGGACAAUGCGGUACAGGCUGCACUUGGUGCACAUAGAGUGCUUGUUGCGGCAUUGAAGGAGACUGCUGAUGUUAAGAUGGGACGGUAUUAA